UUUGUGAAUACACAUUGAUAUAUCGAUGUAUAUGAUUAACAAGUUGAUGUCAAAGCACGCUUAAUGAUAUAACAAAUGCUUACAUGUUAGUUGGAGUUCUCAAGGAGCGUCCUUGUCGAUUCCAAGAAGUCCUUAUCAUUAUAUACGAGCUAAAAAACCGGUCAAAUGUCACCUUCAGCUACAUGAAAAGAUACAUGAUAACCCGUUUGAAUUUUCUGGAAGACGUUACAAGUGGACUUCUCGCGCUUGGUCAAACUAAGUGGCCACUCUUUUUGCGGCCAAUCGAACUUACUAUGAGGAACCUAGACUUCAACAUAGUUUUUUGGUCGGCUUUAGUUGUUGCAAUACUCGUUUCGUUGAAAUGUUUUGCAACUCGUCUGAAGAAACCAUCUGAAAUCCAUAGCCCGAUUGCAGUUCAAGAGAAGGAGAAGGAAACCAACAGGGACCCAAGUAUGAGUCGGAUUAUACACGUUCCAGGACGAUUACAUGGGCUCAAUGCGUGGAGCAAUGGCGGUGCGAGAAAAAAACGUGCAAUAGAAAACCGAAUUAGAAAAACAAGACGAAAGAAAACGAAAAAAGCAAAGAUACCUUCAAUUCAUGUGAUACCAAAGAUACAGAAUAAUGAACGUCCAAUUCCAGCGUCAUUUGACAAACAAGGAAAUAUAAACAGUGCAUGGGAGGUGAAAUCCAGCUUCAACAUGAGAUUCAUCAUCGACUCGCGUCCUCGAAACGAAUCUAUCUGCUUCAACGAGGCUUACAUUGUGAUCAAAUACACUGGGAGUUAUUUCAUAUACGGUCAAAUCUUUUUCCAUGGUCAAAAUCAUGAGAUGGGCCAUUGUUUGUACGUCGCUGAUAGAUAUCGACCAUGUGGGUGUUCUAGAGCGUCAUGUGAAGACCGUAAGGUUAUGUGUUCACGCUCGACACCAGGGCAUCCAUUGAGCUACAAAAUAGUCCAGAAUAUCAACACUAACUAUAUAGGUGGCAUUGUAUAUUUGAAGAAGGGUUCUACGAUACGCCUUGGAGUUGAUGCAAACGAAGAUAUUAGCAUGAAAAAGUCCAUCGAACUGGACACUUCGAUGUGCUACUUUGGAGCAUUUGCAGUUUAACUAUGUGUUGAUUUGACAAUAGUGGCAACUAAAGGGCAUUCAUUCAAAAAGGUGGACUCUAAUCUAUCGUACUUACAAGAUUUCUUUCAUUAAAAUACACAACUUCUUGCUUUGCAUGCUUUGGCGGCAUGGGUAAAAGGUGAGAGUUGGCGAGAUGUCUAAACUACAUCCGCUUUCAAUCAGGGCAAAACAGAUCUAAUCCGCCAGUUAUUUACACAGGUAAAGAUAAACUAAUUUUUCUUGAAAAUCAUUUAACGAAACGUUUUGGAUACACAUUCACAAAACUACCUUGCACGGCAUGAAUUACAUGACACAUGGAUCAUAUCUACUCUUUAGAAUAAAUAAUGUACUUAGAAACUAACAAUUGAUUGACACUAGAGUACAUCGCUGGCUUAAAAUAGAUUUCAAAGAAUAAAGUUGUAGGACGAAAAAGGAAUAUUCGAGGUCACCGCAACAAGGAAGAAGGAAAUGAAAAACCUAUGUAUUGAAUCGUGAAAAUGGGGUUAAUUGUAUUUUUUUUUAAAUAAAAUGUUAUUUACAUUUCCUGUUAAUUUGUG